UAUAAAUUCUGAAUUCUGAAGGAGAAACAACUCAUUACUUUAAUUACAACGUCACCGAGUAUCUUCGUAUACCAAAAUAAUAGCUGUGAUCAAAAUGAAAUUACUUCUAUUCCUGGUACUCGCCAUCUCUGCAUACCAGUGUUUUGGCUACCCAAAAAAACCAAUAGAUUCUCAAUACGAAGUGAAAAACAAAGUAAUUAUUGUUACUGGAGCUGCUCGAGGUAUUGGUUAUGCAAUAGCCGAUAAUUUUCUCGAAAAGGGAGCAAAGAUCAUAAUCAUACUAGACAUCGAUGUGCCCAAAGGACGAGACGCCGCGGCAACUUUAAAUACAAAAUACGGAAAGAACAGCGCGGUUUUCAUCAAGUGUGACGUCACGAAAGAUCUAGAUGAAGUCUCCCAACUAAUCCUAAGAAACUACGACGUAGAUAUUUUGGUAAAUUGCGCAGGAGUGGUCAACGAAUUUGAUCCUAGAAAGACGUUGACGACAAACUCAAUAGCUCUUAUCGAAUGGUCCCUUAAGUUCAGAGAGUACAUGAGAAAAGACAAUGGUGGAAAAGGCGGAACGAUUAUCAACAUUUCUUCUAUAUACGGGUACACAAUAGACCCGUUCUUGGUUUCGUAUAAGGCGUCAAAGUUUGCUGUCUUAGGGUUUUCCAAAUCACUGGGUCAUGAAUUGAACUACAAGAUUACUGGAGUCAGGGUGCUCGUUAUAUGUCCCGGUGCUACAGAUACAAGAUUGGCAAAGAACGUUAAGGUAUUCCCCGAACACAACGAGCUCUUCACAAGGCUCACAGACAAAGCACAAAAGCAGAGUGCAGAUGCCGUUGGUAGGGGAGUCGUGCAAGUUUACAAGUCAGCUAGAACAGGUACGGCUUGGGACAUUAUUGGGGGGACACCCCCUGUUGAAUCGCCUCUUGCAGCAUACACUUCCAUGAAAGAAAUCUUGGAAAGUUAAAAAAUUUCUUUAACUAUGUUUUACAUUUACUUUUUUAACACUUUCAAGUGUACUUACACUUAAGAUUAUAAUCUCUAGUUCUUUAUUAUCAGAGACAUAUAGAACACGCGCACAUAUCCUUGAUAUUACUAAAAUCUAUUGACUUCUGAAACCUAUUCCACGCUUUGGGAUAUAACGUCUUAUCGAAUUGCUUCACGGCAAUCCUGCCCUUCAGAUCCGAACGCAAGACUGUCUCGCGGCAGAAAUAAUCAGGAUAAUGGAGCCUACUUGUGUUUAUUGUACACAUAUUGAAUCUUAAAAAUUGUUUUAAUUAUGACAAGUAAAUAGUUUAAGAUCACAUUAUUUUACCUAGAAAUUGCUCAUGAAAAAAUGUUCAUUACGUGUUUAUUGUGCAAAAAGAAAAUUAUGAUAAAAACCCAAAAACGACGCUUUACAAUGAAGUCCAACAAAUUUUUACUUAUUAUGUAAUAAUUGUUAAUAUUUUUUUUUAUUCUUUUGUAAUCGGUUCUUGAGACGUGUAAGAAUUUUCAAGUAUAUGGGGUCAUCUUGAAGCUACUGAUAAUUAUGCUGAAAGAUCAAGCUAGUGAAUUGUGUGUUACCUGGAUUAUACAUAUUAUAUACAUAUUAUAUAUUUAUUGCUUGAUAUAUAUAUAUAUUUUUACCAUAAAAUUUUAAUAGAGAAAAAUCUAUUAAUUUAUAGAAAUCUUAAUCGUUCUAAGCUGAUCGCUGGCGUGACACAUUUUUCCUAGAUUGGUUAGAUGUACUUCGACUUUUUUUUGCCUAGAUGGGUGGACGAGCUCACAGCCCACCUGUUGUUAAGUGGUUACGGGAGCCCAUAGAUAUCCACAACGUAAAUGCGCUACCCACCUUGAGAUAUAAGUUCUAAGGUCUCAAGUAUAGUUACAACGCCUGCCCCACUCUUCAAACCGAAACGUAUUACUGCUUCACGGCAGAAAUAGGCUGGGUGGUGGUACCCACCCGCGCGGACUCGCAAGAGGUCCUACCACCAGUAAUUACGCAAAUUAUAAUUUUGCGGGUUUCAUUUUUAUUACACGAUGUUAUUUCUUCACCGUGGAAAUCAAUCGUGAACAUUUGUUGAGUACGUAUUUCAUUAGAAAAAUUGGUACCCGCCUUAGAUUCGAACACCGGUGCAUCAUUCAACACGAAUGCACCGGACGUCUUAUCCAUUAGACCACGACGACUUCCCGUUAAUGCCCCUGCUUAUGAAUAAAGAGAAUUGUACUAGCACAAUUAUGUUAUUUAUUGUUUUCAAAUUAGUGUUAAUGCCACUUUAUUUAUUUAUCGAAGACUAGCUGUCCUGGCAGACUUCGUAGUGCCUCAAUCGAUAAACAAAAGACACAUCAAGGGGACACAUCAAAGGAAAAACAAAAUUGUUUGUUUUUAUAUAAUUCCGAGCUUUUUUUAUAUUUUCUCACCUUUUAAACCUUCCACGAAUAAUUCAAGACCAAAAUUAGCCAAAUCGGUCGAGCCGUUCCCUAGUUUUAGCGUGACUAACGAACAGCAAUUCAUUUGUAUAUAUAGAGAUUAUCGUGAAAUUAAACUUCAAAACUAUUGUU